AUGUCUGGUAAAGAAGAACCGCGUGUUAGUGAAAAGGGAAAUCGAGGAAUGUCCAAGACAAAACCUGGAUCAUCAACUAUGGUUUCCCCCGAAGAUAAACACAAACAUGUUCCGAAUUACAUGAAACCUACUAUAAGUUCGUCUUUAGGUCAAUAUCGUCGCUCUUUUUCUUCAUCUUCUCAUCAUUUUAUGAUUCCGGAGGACACUCUAACAAGCCGAAGAAGGUCACUAGACAAGCCUAUGGCAUCUCCAUGUCCGCGUAUAAGCAGAAAUUUAAGUUUAUCUCGUGAGCACUCGCAACUUCUUAUUCCUUCUUCGCCAAGAAAAUCUAGAAAUCCAGUAUUUGAAUCUUCAAAAUCGCAUUUGUCCAAGGGUCACAAACGAGGAUCAUCACUUGAUAUAAAGUUGAAUGAUAGUGAAAAAAAGGUUUUGUCAUUGUCAAUAACUAGUAGUCGUGUUGCUUCACCCGAUGGUGAUGCGAAGCAAGAAAUGAGGAUUGAAGAUCGAGGAGAUAAUCAUUUAGAAUCAUUGACACCAAGCUUUUGUCAUGAUCCACCUCCCGCACUUGAAGACAAGAAGCGCGUCAUGGUUGUUCCAACCUAUCAUCAUGAUGAUGAGAUCUUCAAUGAAGUUCAAGCUAUGAUAUUGCUUGAAGAUUAUAACCGUGAUAAUGAAAUCUCUCCCGUGACAUUUGAAGACAACAAAGAGCAUAUUGUGGUGGUUGAUAAAGGUAAUCAUGAUGAUGAUAACGAGACUUCGAAUGAAAUCCAUGCUCCACAUGAUGAUAGUGAGAACUCAAAUGAAAUACAUCCUACUCAUGAUGAUAGCGAGAACUCGAAUGAAAUUCAUCCUCCUCGUGAUGAUAGCGAGAACUCGAAUGAAAUUCAUCCUUCACAUGAUGAUAGCGAGAACUCGAAUGAAAUUCAUCCUCCUCGUGAUGAUAGCGAGAACUCGAAUGAAAUCCAUCCUCCUCAUGAUGAUAGCGAGAACUCGAAUGAAAUUCAUCCUCCACAUGAUGAUAGCGAGAACUCGAAUGAAAUCCAUCCUCCACACGACGAUGAUAUUAAGAACACUACUGAAAUACAUCCCAUGGUGGUUGAAGAGGACAAGGAGCAUAUAGCAAUUGUUCAAUUUGAAAAACAAGAUGAAUAUUGUCAAGUCCAAAACUCUGAUGAAAUUCCUCCCUCGAUUGUUGAAGGUGUUGACAAAGAGGAUUUCGUGAUUGUUCAAGCAGAUAACCACGAUCAAGUCGUCGUGGAUAACUCUAUUGAAGUCCUUCAAGUGAUGGCCGAGGAAGAACACGAGAAAGAUGUCAUAAUUGUUAAAGAAGAUGUUCUUGAUCAUCAGCCUCCUACUCAAAAGAAACAAGAGGAUAUUGAAGAGGGUGAUCAUAGUGGAACUUGUUCCACAAAUCUAGAUAUCAUUGAAGAGGUUAAAGGUUCCGAUGUUGAUGAAAUCAAUACCAAACAUCAAGAACAAGAACAAGACAAUCUCAAUGUUAUUGAAGCUCAAGAUGAUCAAGAACACGCGAUUACUUCUGCCAAUGUUUCGAAAGAGAUAUCGAAAGAGCAAGUAAAUGAUGAUUCGAUUAUAGUAACCGAAGAAACAAAGAAGGUGAAAGAGGAGGUGAUUAUCAAUAAACGAAUGGUAACAAAUAAAAAAGAGACAAGUAUGGCAUAUAAUGAUGUGAUCGAAGAGACAAAGAGAAAGCUCUUGCAGGACAGGAAGAACAAAGUGUUGGCACUCGUUGGGGCCUUUGAAACUGUCAUGUCCAUCGACCAAGGGCAAAAAAAGUGA